AUGCCAGGUGCUCGUGUGAUCCGCUCGACCGUGGAGGCCGGCGCAGCUCCAGGCGAGUCAGUGCAGACGGAGGUGUUCGAGUCUCAAGAAGCUGACGGCAGCAUCGUGACGAAGACGGUGAAGGACAACAACGCGCCCGACGACACGGAGACGACUACGGGUGAGAAGAGCGUUACGGUGGAGACGGAGACGCGCGAAGAGACUGACGUGGAGGAAGGCAGUCUGACGACGAUAAUUGGCCGUACCGCGACGUCCAUGCCAGGUGCUCGUGUGAUCCGCUCGACCGUGGAGGCCGGCGCAGCUCCAGGCGAGUCAGUGCAGACGGAUGUGUUCGAGUCUCAGGAUGCUGACGGCAGCAUCGUGACGAAGACGGUGCGGACGACGACACGCACUUCGACGUUGGCCAGCGGUGAGGUAGUGAAGACGGUUGACGUGGAAACGACCACGGAGACGGAGACGACUACGGGUGAGAAGAGCGUUACGGUGGAGACGGAGACGCGCGAAGAGACUGACGUGGAGGAAGGCAGUCUGACGACGAUAAUUGGCCGUACCGCGACGUCCAUGCCAGGUGCUCGUGUGAUCCGCUCGACCGUGGAGGCCGGCGCAGCUCCAGGCGAGUCAGUGCAGACGGAGGUGUUCGAGUCUCAGGAUGCUGACGGCAGCAUCGUGACGAAGACGGUGAAGGACAACAACGCGCCCGACGACACGGAGACGACUACGGGUGAGAAGAGCGUUACGGUGGAGACGGAGACGCGCGAGGAGACUGACGUGGAGGAAGGCAGUCUGACGACGAUAAUUGGCCGUACCGCGACGUCCAUGCCAGGUGCUCGUGUGAUCCGCUCGACCGUGGAGGCCGGCGCAGCUCCAGGCGAGUCAGUGCAGACGGAGGUGUUCGAGUCUCAAGAAGCUGACGGCAGCAUCGUGACGAAGACGGUGAAGGCAACAACGCGCCCGACGACGUUGGCCAGCGGUGAGGUAGUGAAGACGGUUGACGUGGAAACGACCACGGAGACGGAGACGACUACGGGUGAGAAGAGCGUUACGGUGGAGACGGAGACGCGCGAAGAGACUGACGUGGAGGAAGGCAGUCUGACGACGAUAAUUGGCCGUACCGCGACGUCCAUGCCAGGUGCUCGUGUGAUCCGCUCGACCGUGGAGGCCGGCGCAGCUCCAGGCGAGUCAGUGCAGACGGAGGUAUUCGAGUCUCAGGAUGCUGACGGCAGCAUCGUGACGAAGACGGUGCGGACGACGACACGCACUUCGACGUUGGCCAGCGGUGAGGUAGUGAAGACGGUUGACGUGGAAACGACCACGGAGACGGAGACGACUACGGGUGAGAAGAGCGUUACGGUGGAGACGGAGACGCGCGAAGAGACUGACGUGGAGGAAGGCAGUCUGACGACGAUAAUUGGCCGUACCGCGACGUCCAUGCCAGGUGCUCGUGUGAUCCGCUCGACCGUGGAGGCCGGCGCAGCUCCAGGCGAGUCAGUGCAGACGGAGGUGUUCGAGUCUCAAGAAGCUGACGGCAGCAUCGUGACGAAGACGGUGAAGGCAACAACGCGCCCGACGACGUUGGCCAGCGGUGAGGUAGUGAAGACGGUUGACGUGGAAACGACCACGGAGACGGAGACGACUACGGGUGAGAAGAGCGUUACGGUGGAGACGGAGACGCGCGAGGAGACUGACGUGGAGGAAGGCAGUCUGACGACGAUAAUUGGCCGUACCGCGACGUCCAUGCCAGGUGCUCGUGUGAUCCGCUCGACCGUGGAGGCCGGCGCAGCUCCAGGCGAGUCAGUGCAGACGGAGGUGUUCGAGUCUCAAGAAGCUGACGGCAGCAUCGUGACGAAGACGGUGAAGGCAACAACGCGCCCGACGACGUUGGCCAGCGGUGAGGUAGUGAAGACGGUUGACGUGGAAACGACCACGGAGACGGAGACGACUACGGGUGAGAAGAGCGUUACGGUGGAGACGGAGACGCGCGAGGAGACUGACGUGGAGGAAGGCAGUCUGACGACGAUAAUUGGCCGUACCGCGACGUCCAUGCCAGGUGCUCGUGUGAUCCGCUCGACCGUGGAGGCCGGCGCAGCUCCAGGCGAGUCAGUGCAGACGGAGGUGUUCGAGUCUCAGGAAGCUGACGGCAGCAUCGUGACGAAGACGGUGAAGGCAACAACGCGCCCGACGACGUUGGCCAGCGGUGAGGUAGUGAAGACGGUUGACGUGGAAACGACCACGGAGACGGAGACGACUACGGGUGAGAAGAGCGUUACGGUGGAGACGGAGACGCGCGAGGAGACUGACGUGGAGGAAGGCAGUCUGACGACGAUAAUUGGCCGUACCGCGACGUCCAUGCCAGGUGCUCGUGUGAUCCGCUCGACCGUGGAGGCCGGCGCAGCUCCAGGCGAGUCAGUGCAGACGGAGGUAUUCGAGUCUCAAGAAGCUGACGGCAGCAUCGUGACGAAGACGGUGCGGACGACGACACGCACUUCGACGUUGGCCAGCGGUGAGGUAGUGAAGACGGUUGACGUGGAAACGACCACGGAGACGGAGACGACUACGGGUGAGAAGAGCGUUACGGUGGAGACGGAGACGCGCGAAGAGACUGACGUGGAGGAAGGCAGUCUGACGACGAUAAUUGGCCGUACCGCGACGUCCAUGCCAGGUGCUCGUGUGAUCCGCUCGACCGUGGAGGCCGGCGCAGCUCCAGGCGAGUCAGUGCAGACGGAGGUGUUCGAGUCUCAAGAAGCUGACGGCAGCAUCGUGACGAAGACGGUGAAGGCAACAACGCGCCCGACGACGUUGGCCAGCGGUGAGGUAGUGAAGACGGUUGACGUGGAAACGACCACGGAGACGGAGACGACUACGGGUGAGAAGAGCGUUACGGUGGAGACGGAGACGCGCGAAGAGACUGACGUGGAGGAAGGCAGUCUGACGACGAUAAUUGGCCGUACCGCGACGUCCAUGCCAGGUGCUCGUGUGAUCCGCUCGACCGUGGAGGCCGGCGCAGCUCCAGGCGAGUCAGUGCAGACGGAGGUGUUCGAGUCUCAAGAAGCUGACGGCAGCAUCGUGACGAAGACGGUGAAGGCAACAACGCGCCCGACGACGUUGGCCAGCGGUGAGGUAGUGAAGACGGUUGACGUGGAAACGACCACGGAGACGGAGACGACUACGGGUGAGAAGAGCGUUACGGUGGAGACGGAGACGCGCGAAGAGACUGACGUGGAGGAAGGCAGUCUGACGACGAUAAUUGGCCGUACCGCGACGUCCAUGCCAGGUGCUCGUGUGAUCCGCUCGACCGUGGAGGCCGGCGCAGCUCCAGGCGAGUCAGUGCAGACGGAGGUAUUCGAGUCUCAGGAUGCUGACGGCAGCAUCGUGACGAAGACGGUGCGGACGACGACACGCACUUCGACGUUGGCCAGCGGUGAGGUAGUGAAGACGGUUGACGUGGAAACGACCACGGAGACGGAGACGACUACGGGUGAGAAGAGCGUUACGGUGGAGACGGAGACGCGCGAAGAGACUGACGUGGAGGAAGGCAGUCUGACGACGAUAAUUGGCCGUACCGCGACGUCCAUGCCAGGUGCUCGUGUGAUCCGCUCGACCGUGGAGGCCGGCGCAGCUCCAGGCGAGUCAGUGCAGACGGAGGUGUUCGAGUCUCAGGAAGCUGACGGCAGCAUCGUGACGAAGACGGUGAAGGACAACAACGCGCCCGACGACACGGAGACGACUACGGGUGAGAAGAGCGUUACGGUGGAGACGGAGACGCGCGAAGAGACUGACGUGGAGGAAGGCAGUCUGACGACGAUAAUUGGCCGUACCGCGACGUCCAUGCCAGGUGCUCGUGUGAUCCGCUCGACCGUGGAGGCCGGCGCAGCUCCAGGCGAGUCAGUGCAGACGGAGGUGUUCGAGUCUCAGGAAGCUGACGGCAGCAUCGUGACGAAGACGGUGAAGGCAACAACGCGCCCGACGACGUUGGCCAGCGGUGAGGUAGUGAAGACGGUUGACGUGGAAACGACCACGGAGACGGAGACGACUACGGGUGAGAAGAGCGUUACGGUGGAGACGGAGACGCGCGAAGAGACUGACGUGGAGGAAGGCAGUCUGACGACGAUAAUUGGCCGUACCGCGACGUCCAUGCCAGGUGCUCGUGUGAUCCGCUCGACCGUGGAGGCCGGCGCAGCUCCAGGCGAGUCAGUGCAGACGGAGGUGUUCGAGUCUCAAGAAGCUGACGGCAGCAUCGUGACGAAGACGGUGAAGGCAACAACGCGCCCGACGACGUUGGCCAGCGGUGAGGUAGUGAAGACGGUUGACGUGGAAACGACCACGGAGACGGAGACGACUACAGGUGAGAAGAGCGUUACGGUGGAGACGGAGACGCGCGAGGAGACUGACGUGGAGGAAGGCAGUCUGACGACGAUAAUUGGCCGUACCGCGACGUCCAUGCCAGGUGCUCGUGUGAUCCGCUCGACCGUGGAGGCCGGCGCAGCUCCAGGCGAGUCAGUGCAGACGGAGGUGUUCGAGUCUCAAGAAGCUGACGGCAGCAUCGUGACGAAGACGACGGAGACGACUACGGGUGAGAAGAGCGUUACGGUGGAGACGGAGACGCGCGAAGAGACUGACGUGGAGGAAGGCAGUCUGACGACGAUAAUUGGCCGUACCGCGACGUCCAUGCCAGGUGCUCGUGUGAUCCGCUCGACCGUGGAGGCCGGCGCAGCUCCAGGCGAGUCAGUGCAGACGGAGGUAUUCGAGUCUCAGGAUGCUGACGGCAGCAUCGUGACGAAGACGGUGCGGACGACGACACGCACUUCGACGUUGGCCAGCGGUGAGGUAGUGAAGACGGUUGACGUGGAAACGACCACGGAGACGGAGACGACUACAGGUGAGAAGAGCGUUACGGUGGAGACGGAGACGCGCGAAGAGACUGACGUGGAGGAAGGCAGUCUGACGACGAUAAUUGGCCGUACCGCGACGUCCAUGCCAGGUGCUCGUGUGAUCCGCUCGACCGUGGAGGCCGGCGCAGCUCCAGGCGAGUCAGUGCAGACGGAGGUGUUCGAGUCUCAGGAAGCUGACGGCAGCAUCGUGACGAAGACGACGGAGACGACUACGGGUGAGAAGAGCGUUACGGUGGAGACGGAGACGCGCGAAGAGACUGACGUGGAGGAAGGCAGUCUGACGACGAUAAUUGGCCGUACCGCGACGUCCAUGCCAGGUGCUCGUGUGAUCCGCUCGACCGUGGAGGCCGGCGCAGCUCCAGGCGAGUCAGUGCAGACGGAUGUGUUCGAGUCUCAGGAUGCUGACGGCAGCAUCGUGACGAAGACGGUGCGGACGACGACACGCCCGACGACGUUGGCCAGCGGUGAGGUAGUGAAGACGGUUGACGUGGAAACGACCACGGAGACGGAGACGACUACGGGUGAGAAGAGCGUUACGGUGGAGACGGAGACGCGCGAAGAGACUGACGUGGAGGAAGGCAGUCUGACGACGAUAAUUGGCCGUACCGCGACGUCCAUGCCAGGUGCUCGUGUGAUCCGCUCGACCGUGGAGGCCGGCGCAGCUCCAGGCGAGUCAGUGCAGACGGAGGUGUUCGAGUCUCAAGAAGCUGACGGCAGCAUCGUGACGAAGACGGUGAAGGCAACGACACGCACUUCGACGUUGGCCAGCGGUGAGGUAGUGAAGACGGUUGACGUGGAAACGACCACGGAGACGGAGACGACUACGGGUGAGAAGAGCGUUACGGUGGAGACGGAGACGCGCGAAGAGACUGACGUGGAGGAAGGCAGUCUGACGACGAUAAUUGGCCGUACCGCGACGUCCAUGCCAGGUGCUCGUGUGAUCCGCUCGACCGUGGAGGCCGGCGCAGCUCCAGGCGAGUCAGUGCAGACGGAGGUGUUCGAGUCUCAGGAAGCUGACGGCAGCAUCGUGACGAAGACGGUGAAGGCAACAACGCGCCCGACGACGUUGGCCAGCGGUGAGGUAGUGAAGACGGUUGACGUGGAAACGACCACGGAGACGGAGACGACUACGGGUGAGAAGAGCGUUACGGUGGAGACGGAGACGCGCGAGGAGACUGACGUGGAGGAAGGCAGUCUGACGACGAUAAUUGGCCGUACCGCGACGUCCAUGCCAGGUGCUCGUGUGAUCCGCUCGACCGUGGAGGCCGGCGCAGCUCCAGGCGAGUCAGUGCAGACGGAGGUGUUCGAGUCUCAAGAAGCUGACGGCAGCAUCGUGACGAAGACGGUGAAGGCAACAACGCGCCCGACGACGUUGGCCAGCGGUGAGGUAGUGAAGACGGUUGACGUGGAAACGACCACGGAGACGGAGACGACUACGGGUGAGAAGAGCGUUACGGUGGAGACGGAGACGCGCGAGGAGACUGACGUGGAGGAAGGCAGUCUGACGACGAUAAUUGGCCGUACCGCGACGUCCAUGCCAGGUGCUCGUGUGAUCCGCUCGACCGUGGAGGCCGGCGCAGCUCCAGGCGAGUCAGUGCAGACGGAGGUGUUCGAGUCUCAAGAAGCUGACGGCAGCAUCGUGACGAAGACGGUGCGGACGACGACACGCACUUCGACGUUGGCCAGCGGUGAGGUAGUGAAGACGGUUGACGUGGAAACGACCACGGAGACGGAGACGACUACGGGUGAGAAGAGCGUUACGGUGGAGACGGAGACGCGCGAAGAGACUGACGUGGAGGAAGGCAGUCUGACGACGAUAAUUGGCCGUACCGCGACGUCCAUGCCAGGUGCUCGUGUGAUCCGCUCGACCGUGGAGGCCGGCGCAGCUCCAGGCGAGUCAGUGCAGACGGAGGUGUUCGAGUCUCAGGAAGCUGACGGCAGCAUCGUGACGAAGACGGUGACGGACAACGACACGCACUUCGACACGGAGACGACUACGGGUGAGAAGAGCGUUACGGUGGAGACGGAGACGCGCGAAGAGACUGACGUGGAGGAAGGCAGUCUGACGACGAUAAUUGGCCGUACCGCGACGUCCAUGCCAGGUGCUCGUGUGAUCCGCUCGACCGUGGAGGCCGGCGCAGCUCCAGGCGAGUCAGUGCAGACGGAUGUGUUCGAGUCUCAGGAUGCUGACGGCAGCAUCGUGACGAAGACGGUGCGGACAACGACACGCACUUCGACGUUGGCCAGCGGUGAGGUAGUGAAGACGGUUGACGUGGAAACGACCACGGAGACGGAGACGACUACGGGUGAGAAGAGCGUUACGGUGGAGACGGAGACGCGCGAAGAGACUGACGUGGAGGAAGGCAGUCUGACGACGAUAAUUGGCCGUACCGCGACGUCCGUGCCAGGUGCUCGUGUGAUCCGCUCGACCGUGGAGGCCGGCGCAGCUCCAGGCGAGUCAACGGUGAAGGCAACAACGCGCCCGACGACGUUGGCCAGCGGUGAGGUAGUGAAGACGGUUGACGUGGAAACGACCACGGAGACGGAGACGACUACGGGUGAGAAGAGCGUUACGGUGGAGACGGAGACGCGCGAGGAGACUGACGUGGAGGAAGGCAGUCUGACGACGAUAAUUGGCCGUACCGCGACGUCCAUGCCAGGUGCUCGUGUGAUCCGCUCGACCGUGGAGGCCGGCGCAGCUCCAGGCGAGUCAGUGCAGACGGAGGUGUUCGAGUCUCAAGAAGCUGACGGCAGCAUCGUGACGAAGACGGUGAAGGCAACAACGCGCCCGACGACGUUGGCCAGCGGUGAGGUAGUGAAGACGGUUGACGUGGAAACGACCACGGAGACGGAGACGACUACGGGUGAGAAGAGCGUUACGGUGGAGACGGAGACGCGCGAAGAGACUGACGUGGAGGAAGGCAGUCUGACGACGAUAAUUGGCCGUACCGCGACGUCCAUGCCAGGUGCUCGUGUGAUCCGCUCGACCGUGGAGGCCGGCGCAGCUCCAGGCGAGUCAGUGCAGACGGAGGUGUUCGAGUCUCAGGAUGCUGACGGCAGCAUCGUGACGAAGACGGUGAAGGACAACAACGCGCCCGACGACACGGAGACGACUACGGGUGAGAAGAGCGUUACGGUGGAGACGGAGACGCGCGAGGAGACUGACGUGGAGGAAGGCAGUCUGACGACGAUAAUUGGCCGUACCGCGACGUCCAUGCCAGGUGCUCGUGUGAUCCGCUCGACCGUGGAGGCCGGCGCAGCUCCAGGCGAGUCAGUGCAGACGGAGGUGUUCGAGUCUCAGGAAGCUGACGGCAGCAUCGUGACGAAGACGGUGAAGGACAACAACGCGCCCGACGACACGGAGACGACUACGGGUGAGAAGAGCGUUACGGUGGAGACGGAGACGCGCGAGGAGACUGACGUGGAGGAAGGCAGUCUGACGACGAUAAUUGGCCGUACCGCGACGUCCAUGCCAGGUGCUCGUGUGAUCCGCUCGACCGUGGAGGCCGGCGCAGCUCCAGGCGAGUCAGUGCAGACGGAGGUGUUCGAGUCUCAGGAAGCUGACGGCAGCAUCGUGACGAAGACGGUGAAGGCAACAACGCGCCCGACGACGUUGGCCAGCGGUGAGGUAGUGAAGACGGUUGACGUGGAAACGACCACGGAGACGGAGACGACUACGGGUGAGAAGAGCGUUACGGUGGAGACGGAGACGCGCGAGGAGACUGACGUGGAGGAAGGCAGUCUGACGACGAUAAUUGGCCGUACCGCGACGUCCAUGCCAGGUGCUCGUGUGAUCCGCUCGACCGUGGAGGCCGGCGCAGCUCCAGGCGAGUCAGUGCAGACGGAGGUGUUCGAGUCUCAAGAAGCUGACGGCAGCAUCGUGACGAAGACGGUGAAGGCAACAACGCGCCCGACGACGUUGGCCAGCGGUGAGGUAGUGAAGACGGUUGACGUGGAAACGACCACGGAGACGGAGACGACUACGGGUGAGAAGAGCGUUACGGUGGAGACGGAGACGCGCGAGGAGACUGACGUGGAGGAAGGCAGUCUGACGACGAUAAUUGGCCGUACCGCGACGUCCAUGCCAGGUGCUCGUGUGAUCCGCUCGACCGUGGAGGCCGGCGCAGCUCCAGGCGAGUCAGUGCAGACGGAGGUGUUCGAGUCUCAAGAAGCUGACGGCAGCAUCGUGACGAAGACGGUGAAGGCAACAACGCGCCCGACGACGUUGGCCAGCGGUGAGGUAGUGAAGACGGUUGACGUGGAAACGACCACGGAGACGGAGACGACUACGGGUGAGAAGAGCGUUACGGUGGAGACGGAGACGCGCGAGGAGACUGACGUGGAGGAAGGCAGUCUGACGACGAUAAUUGGCCGUACCGCGACGUCCAUGCCAGGUGCUCGUGUGAUCCGCUCGACCGUGGAGGCCGGCGCAGCUCCAGGCGAGUCAGUGCAGACGGAGGUGUUCGAGUCUCAAGAAGCUGACGGCAGCAUCGUGACGAAGACGGUGAAGGCAACAACGCGCCCGACGACGUUGGCCAGCGGUGAGGUAGUGAAGACGGUUGACGUGGAAACGACCACGGAGACGGAGACGACUACGGGUGAGAAGAGCGUUACGGUGGAGACGGAGACGCGCGAGGAGACUGACGUGGAGGAAGGCAGUCUGACGACGAUAAUUGGCCGUACCGCGACGUCCAUGCCAGGUGCUCGUGUGAUCCGCUCGACCGUGGAGGCCGGCGCAGCUCCAGGCGAGUCAGUGCAGACGGAGGUGUUCGAGUCUCAAGAAGCUGACGGCAGCAUCGUGACGAAGACGGUGAAGGCAACAACGCGCCCGACGACGUUGGCCAGCGGUGAGGUAGUGAAGACGGUUGACGUGGAAACGACCACGGAGACGGAGACGACUACGGGUGAGAAGAGCGUUACGGUGGAGACGGAGACGCGCGAGGAGACUGACGUGGAGGAAGGCAGUCUGACGACGAUAAUUGGCCGUACCGCGACGUCCAUGCCAGGUGCUCGUGUGAUCCGCUCGACCGUGGAGGCCGGCGCAGCUCCAGGCGAGUCAGUGCAGACGGAGGUGUUCGAGUCUCAAGAAGCUGACGGCAGCAUCGUGACGAAGACGGUGAAGGCAACAACGCGCCCGACGACGUUGGCCAGCGGUGAGGUAGUGAAGACGGUUGACGUGGAAACGACCACGGAGACGGAGACGACUACGGGUGAGAAGAGCGUUACGGUGGAGACGGAGACGCGCGAGGAGACUGACGUGGAGGAAGGCAGUCUGACGACGAUAAUUGGCCGUACCGCGACGUCCAUGCCAGGUGCUCGUGUGAUCCGCUCGACCGUGGAGGCCGGCGCAGCUCCAGGCGAGUCAGUGCAGACGGAGGUGUUCGAGUCUCAAGAAGCUGACGGCAGCAUCGUGACGAAGACGGUGAAGGCAACAACGCGCCCGACGACGUUGGCCAGCGGUGAGGUAGUGAAGACGGUUGACGUGGAAACGACCACGGAGACGGAGACGACUACGGGUGAGAAGAGCGUUACGGUGGAGACGGAGACGCGCGAGGAGACUGACGUGGAGGAAGGCAGUCUGACGACGAUAAUUGGCCGUACCGCGACGUCCAUGCCAGGUGCUCGUGUGAUCCGCUCGACCGUGGAGGCCGGCGCAGCUCCAGGCGAGUCAGUGCAGACGGAGGUGUUCGAGUCUCAAGAAGCUGACGGCAGCAUCGUGACGAAGACGGUGAAGGCAACAACGCGCCCGACGACGUUGGCCAGCGGUGAGGUAGUGAAGACGGUUGACGUGGAAACGACCACGGAGACGGAGACGACUACGGGUGAGAAGAGCGUUACGGUGGAGACGGAGACGCGCGAGGAGACUGACGUGGAGGAAGGCAGUCUGACGACGAUAAUUGGCCGUACCGCGACGUCCAUGCCAGGUGCUCGUGUGAUCCGCUCGACCGUGGAGGCCGGCGCAGCUCCAGGCGAGUCAGUGCAGACGGAGGUGUUCGAGUCUCAGGAAGCUGACGGCAGCAUCGUGACGAAGACGGUGAAGGCAACAACGCGCCCGACGACGUUGGCCAGCGGUGAGGUAGUGAAGACGGUUGACGUGGAAACGACCACGGAGACGGAGACGACUACGGGUGAGAAGAGCGUUACGGUGGAGACGGAGACGCGCGAGGAGACUGACGUGGAGGAAGGCAGUCUGACGACGAUAAUUGGCCGUACCGCGACGUCCAUGCCAGGUGCUCGUGUGAUCCGCUCGACCGUGGAGGCCGGCGCAGCUCCAGGCGAGUCAGUGCAGACGGAGGUGUUCGAGUCUCAAGAAGCUGACGGCAGCAUCGUGACGAAGACGGUGAAGGCAACAACGCGCCCGACGACGUUGGCCAGCGGUGAGGUAGUGAAGACGGUUGACGUGGAAACGACCACGGAGACGGAGACGACUACGGGUGAGAAGAGCGUUACGGUGGAGACGGAGACGCGCGAGGAGACUGACGUGGAGGAAGGCAGUCUGACGACGAUAAUUGGCCGUACCGCGACGUCCAUGCCAGGUGCUCGUGUGAUCCGCUCGACCGUGGAGGCCGGCGCAGCUCCAGGCGAGUCAGUGCAGACGGAUGUGUUCGAGUCUCAGGAAGCUGACGGCAGCAUCGUGACGAAGACGGUGAAGGCAACAACGCGCCCGACGACGUUGGCCAGCGGUGAGGUAGUGAAGACGGUUGACGUGGAAACGACCACGGAGACGGAGACGACUACGGGUGAGAAGAGCGUUACGGUGGAGACGGAGACGCGCGAGGAGACUGACGUGGAGGAAGGCAGUCUGACGACGAUAAUUGGCCGUACCGCGACGUCCAUGCCAGGUGCUCGUGUGAUCCGCUCGACCGUGGAGGCCGGCGCAGCUCCAGGCGAGUCAGUGCAGACGGAGGUGUUCGAGUCUCAAGAAGCUGACGGCAGCAUCGUGACGAAGACGGUGAAGGCAACAACGCGCCCGACGACGUUGGCCAGCGGUGAGGUAGUGAAGACGGUUGACGUGGAAACGACCACGGAGACGGAGACGACUACGGGUGAGAAGAGCGUUACGGUGGAGACGGAGACGCGCGAGGAGACUGACGUGGAGGAAGGCAGUCUGACGACGAUAAUUGGCCGUACCGCGACGUCCAUGCCAGGUGCUCGUGUGAUCCGCUCGACCGUGGAGGCCGGCGCAGCUCCAGGCGAGUCAGUGCAGACGGAGGUGUUCGAGUCUCAAGAAGCUGACGGCAGCAUCGUGACGAAGACGGUGAAGGCAACAACGCGCCCGACGACGUUGGCCAGCGGUGAGGUAGUGAAGACGGUUGACGUGGAAACGACCACGGAGACGGAGACGACUACGGGUGAGAAGAGCGUUACGGUGGAGACGGAGACGCGCGAGGAGACUGACGUGGAGGAAGGCAGUCUGACGACGAUAAUUGGCCGUACCGCGACGUCCAUGCCAGGUGCUCGUGUGAUCCGCUCGACCGUGGAGGCCGGCGCAGCUCCAGGCGAGUCAGUGCAGACGGAGGUGUUCGAGUCUCAAGAAGCUGACGGCAGCAUCGUGACGAAGACGGUGAAGGACAACAACGCGCCCGACGACACGGAGACGACUACGGGUGAGAAGAGCGUUACGGUGGAGACGGAGACGCGCGAGGAGACUGACGUGGAGGAAGGCAGUCUGACGACGAUAAUUGGCCGUACCGCGACGUCCAUGCCAGGUGCUCGUGUGAUCCGCUCGACCGUGGAGGCCGGCGCAGCUCCAGGCGAGUCAGUGCAGACGGAUGUGUUCGAGUCUCAGGAAGCUGACGGCAGCAUCGUGACGAAGACGGUGAAGGCAACAACGCGCCCGACGACGUUGGCCAGCGGUGAGGUAGUGAAGACGGUUGACGUGGAAACGACCACGGAGACGGAGACGACUACGGGUGAGAAGAGCGUUACGGUGGAGACGGAGACGCGCGAGAGACUGACGUGGAGGAAGGCAGUCUGA